AGCAGUAACUGUAUUUUUAGCUGUAAUGUCUGGACGCGGAAAGCAGGGAGGCAAGUCCCGCGCCAAGGCCAAGUCCCGCUCAUCCCGCGCCGGCCUUCAAUUCCCGGUGGGCCGAGUGCACCGCUUGCUCCGCAAAGGCAACUACGCCGAGCGGGUGGGGGCCGGCGCGCCGGUUUAUCUGGCUGCAGUGCUGGAGUACUUGACCGCGGAAAUCCUGGAAUUGGCGGGUAACGCGGCCCGCGACAAUAAGAAGACGCGCAUUAUUCCUCGCCAUUUGCAGCUAGCCGUUAGAAAUGACGAAGAGCUCAACAAAUUACUUGGUGGUGUCACCAUUGCCCAGGGCGGCGUCUUGCCCAAUAUCCAGGCCGUCUUGUUGCCCAAGAAAACGGAGAGUCACAAGCCCGGCAAGAACAAGUGAUUCAGAGGCGUGACACGAUCCCCGCCUACCCAAAGGCUCUUUUAAGAGCCAACAAAAGUCGCAAAUAAAGGGCUGACCACGACAUAGCGUAUUAGCUCCUUUUUUGAUAAUGUGGGUGGCUCUAAAAAGAGCCUUUGAUCUUACGUUGCAUCAAGACUUAUUUACUUUUGGCUUUGUGGCUUUCGGUUUUCUUUGGUAAUAGAACGGCCUGGAUGUUAGGCAAGACACCGCCCUGGGCGAUGGUGACCUUGCCCAGCAAUUUGUUCAGCUCCUCGUCGUUACGGAUGGCUAGCUGAAGAUGACGAGGAAUGAUGCGCGUCUUCUUGUUGUCUCGGGCCGCAUUACCCGCCAAUUCCAAGAUUUCCGCGGUCAGAUACUCGAGGACGGCCGCCAUGUAGACGGGCGCGCCGGCCCCCACCCGCUCGGCGUAGUUGCCUUUGCGGAGCAAGCGGUGCACUCGGCCUACCGGGAACUGAAGACCAGCUCGGGAAGACCGCGACUUAGCCUUGGCGCGAGCCUUGCCUCCCUGUUUUC